GGGACGAAGGAACAUACUUAAUAUAGGCUUACUUUAAAAUGACUAAAACCAAAUCGAAACUUUGACUUACAUUCAUACAGUUUCUUGACUGUGUCCAGCUUGCUAAUAAUCACCAAAAUGAAGGCUAGACAGUCAGGGAGCAUCGAAAAUUCAGAAAACGAUGGAUAGAGGACAAUUUCUUGCACAUUUUGACGGUGUGGAAAAAUAACCAAUUUUCAGUGCGGCCCUCCGGACCUCGUUGAAGACCGAAUGCGGCCCCCGGAGCAAAAUGAUUUUGACACCUUUGCUAUAACCCGUUAUACCAACUAACUUAUAAUAUUAACUAGGAUUAUAUAUUUUUUUACUGCCAUGAGUUGUAGCCUAUGAUUGCUGACCAGUAUAUUGGUUAAUGAAAAAUACACAGUCAGUCAGCGAGCGACCCAGCGAUUGUGCUGUGUGCGGGAGUGUUUAGAUCUCCAUGCGGAUGUGACAUUUCAGAGAAGAGCGCGACCGCCAUUUUGAGUUUUACCUCAAACUCAACAUCACAAACCAAGGAAGCGGGUGAGAGGCUCUGGCUGUGACCGGGCACAUUUCUUAAUUGAACAGACGUUUGAAAUGCGACAAGGUGCUGAAUUUUGUUGCUAAUAGUAAUACGCUGGUUUAAUGUGUGGGAAAGUCGAUAUCGGGCUGUGGCAUCGCUAUCACCCUAAACUUCUAAAUUACUGCGAUUCCAAAUUAGAAGCAGGUUUGAAUGGAUAGCUUUUUUCUCUGCUCUCCCCCAGACGAGGGACAAUCGGAUGAGCACACGGACUGGGAAUAUCGAAGGGAAAGUUGUAUUUCAAUGUGCAUCGAUCGUUUAUGAACAUUUGUUUUCCCUGUUUGACUCAUUUCGUUAGUUGGCUGCCUUGUGCCAGUUGGCUUUAAAGCAGGGCAACAGUAUUUGUUUCUCAGGCUGCAGGUCGUGAGUUGUCUUUCUCACUUCGCCAAUUGCCCCAUAUUACCUGGGGUAAAGUCGGAUUUAUUUAAUUCAACGGGUCUCCCUUUUAGGAGCCGUAGUCAUCACCACCGUCGGCGACUUGCACCCAUCAAGGCGCCGAGAUUGGGCGAAUAGCAAGCAAAUACGUCCGCGUUUCUCUGCCUGCUCCUCCACCGACCUCCUCCCCUCAAUCCCCGGCGCUGACGGGAGAAGAGGCCGAGGUUGUUUUAGAACAGGCCCAGCCGCCAAGGUUCGACCUGUCUAUUCCACCUCCGCACCCUCAAACACCUCACCAACAACCCAGAAACCGGCUCCCUACGGAACCAGCAACACACAAGUUCGAGGGGAACAAAGACAACAGGCAUCAUCCCUUCACAACAGUUGCCAACAUGAACCACCACCACACUCAACAGCAGCAGAAAGCCGGCGAGCAACAACUUAGCGAGCCCGAGGAUAUGGAGAUGGAAGCUGGGGACACAGACGAUCCCCCGAGAAUCCCAGCCAACCCAGUGAUUAACGGCAACGUUGCCAUGGCAGACGGACACAACACAGAGGAGGACAUGGAGGAUGAUACCAGCUGGCGGUCGGAGGCGACAUGUCGUUUUGUGGUGGAGAGGUUCAGCCGGCUGAGUGAGUCUGUUCUCAGCCCGUCCUGCUUCGUCAGGAACCUGCCCUGGAAGAUCAUGGUGAUGCCUCGCUUCUACCCAGACCGGCCGCACCAGAAGAGUGUUGGCUUCUUCCUGCAGUGCAACGCAGACUCCGACUCCACGUCCUGGUCGUGCCAUGCUCAGGCCAUGCUGAAGAUCAUCAACUAUAAGGACGAUGAGAAGUCGUUCAGCCGCAGAAUCAGCCACCUCUUCUUCCACAAGGAAAACGACUGGGGCUUCUCUAACUUUAUGUCCUGGAGCGAUGUGACUGAUCCAGAGAGAGGCUUUGUGGAGGAUGAUAAAGUCUCCUUUGAAGUCUAUGUGCAGGCGGACGCUCCUCACGGAGUGGCGUGGGACUCAAAGAAACACACCGGCUACGUGGGUCUGAAGAACCAGGGAGCGACAUGUUAUAUGAACAGCCUCCUACAGACCCUGUUCUUCACCAACCAGCUACGGAGGGCGGUGUACAUGAUGCCUACAGAGGGAGAUGACUCGUCUAAGAGUGUUCCGCUGGCUCUACAGAGGGUUUUCUAUGAGCUGCAGCACAGCGACAAGCCCGUCGGCACCAAGAAACUCACCAAGUCCUUUGGGUGGGAGACGUUAGACAGCUUCAUGCAACACGACGUUCAGGAGCUCUGCAGAGUGCUCCUGGACAACGUUGAGAACAAAAUGAAAGGCACCUGCGUGGAGGGAACCAUCCCCAAACUGUUCAGAGGAAAGAUGGUGUCCUAUAUCCAGUGUAAGCACGUUGACUACCGGUCAGAGCGGAUAGAGGAUUACUACGACAUCCAGCUCAGUAUCAAAGGAAAGAAAAACAUCUUUGAGUCCUUUAAGGACUAUGUCGCUGUGGAGCAGCUUGACGGAGACAACAAAUACGACGCAGGAGAACACGGCCUACAGGAAGCGGAGAAGGGGGUGAAGUUCCUGACUUUCCCUCCCAUACUGCACCUGCAGCUGAUGAGGUUCAUGUACGACCCUCAGACCGACCAAAACAUCAAGAUCAACGACAGGUUUGAGUUUCCGGAGCAGCUUCCCCUGGAUGAGUUCCUCCAGAAGACUGACUCUAAGGACCCGGCCAACUACAUCCUGCAUGCCGUGCUGGUGCACAGCGGAGACAACCACGGAGGACACUAUGUUGUCUACCUCAACCCCAAAGGAGACGGAAAAGUCAGCGUCAAGGAGCCCAUCUGGUGUAAGUUUGAUGAUGACGUGGUGUCACGGUGCACCAAGGAGGAAGCCAUUGAACACAACUACGGUGGCCAUGACGACGACCUAUCAGUACGUCACUGCACCAACGCUUACAUGCUGGUGUACAUCCGCGAGUCCAAACUCAGUGAGGUGCUGCUGGCGGUAAACGACGUGGACAUCCCCCAGCAGCUGGUGGAGAGGCUUCAGGAGGAGAAGAGGGUUGAGGCUCAGAAGAGGAAGGAGCGGCAGGAGGCCCAUCUCUACAUGCAGGUCCAGAUUGUGACAGAGGACCAGUUCUGUGGUCACCAGGGUAAUGACAUGUAUGAUGAGGAGAAGGUGAAGUACACUGUGUUCAAGGUCCUGAAGAGCUCCACGCUGCAGGAGUUUGUCCAGAAUCUCUCCCAGACCAUGGGUUUCCCACAGGACCAGAUGAGGCUGUGGCCCAUGCAGGCCCGGAGCAACGGCACCAAGAGACCUGCCAUGCUGGACUACGAGGCAGACUGCAGCAAGUCUAUGAUAGACUUGAGCGACAAUGAGAAUCCCUGGACUAUAUUUUUGGAGACGGUGGAUCCUGAGAUGGCUGCCAGUGGAGCAACGUUACCCAAGUUCGACAAAGACCACGACGUCAUGUUGUUCCUGAAGAUGUAUGAUCCAAAAAGCAGAAGCUUAAAUUAUUGUGGACAUAUCUACACAGCUAUAUCCUGUAAAAUACGAGACCUGCUGCCCGUCAUGUGUGAGAGAGCAGGCUUUCAACAGGAGACCAGCCUUAUCCUCUAUGAGGAAGUGAAGCCUAAUUUAACGGAGCGGAUACAGGACUAUGACGUGUCACUGGACAAGGCCCUGGAUGAACUCAUGGACGGAGACAUCAUCGUCUUCCAGAAAGACGACCCAGAGAACGACAGCAGUGAGCUGCCCACAGCCAAGGACUACUUCCGGGACCUCUACCACCGAGUGGAUGUUAUCUUCUGUGACAAGACCAUCCACAACGACCCCGGCUUUGUUGUCACACUCUCCAACAGGAUGAACUACUUCCAGGUGGCGAAGACGGUGGCUCAGAGGUUGAACACAGAUCCCAUGCUCCUCCAGUUCUUCAAAUCCCAGGGGUACAGAGACGGACCUGGGAAUCCUCUCAGACACAACUAUGAAGGAACUCUCCGAGAUUUGCUGCAGUUCUUCAAACCACGUCAGCCCAAGAAACUCUACUACCAACAGUUAAAGAUGAAGAUCACAGACUUUGAGAACAGGAGGAGCUUCAAGUCCAUAUGGCUCAACAGCCAAUACAGAGAAGAGGAGAUCACUCUGUACCCAGAUAAACACGGCUGUGUCAGGGACCUGCUGGAGGAAUGUAAAAAAGCUGUGGAGCUCUCCGACAAAGGCUCAGAGAAGCUCCGACUGUUGGAGAUAGUAAGCUAUAAGAUCAUCGGGGUUCACCAGGAGGACGAGCUGUUAGAAUGUUUAUCUCCCGCCGCCAGCCGUACCUUCAGAAUAGAGGAACUUCCUCUGGACCAGGUAGACCUGGAUAAGGACACUGAGAUGUUGAUUCCCGUGGCACAUUUCCACAAGGAGGUCUUUGGAACGUUUGGAAUCCCUUUCCUGCUGAAGAUCAGACAGGGUGAGCCGUUCAGAGACGUGAUGAGGAGGAUUCAGAGCAUGCUGGAAAUCCAGGAGAAAGAGUUUGAGAAGUUCAAGUUUGCGAUAGUGAUGAUGGGCCGGCAUCAAUACAUCACUGAGGAUGAGUACGAGGUCAACCUGAAAGACUUCCAGCCACAGCCAGGUAACAUGUCCCACCCUCGACCCUGGUUAGGCCUGGACCACUUCAACAAAGCCCCGAAGAGAGGUCGCUAUACCUACCUGGAGAAAGCUAUCAAGAUCCACAACUGAGCAACCCUCCUCUCGCCUCUUCCUCCUCUCUCCUCUUCUUCCUCCCUCCUCCUCUCUCUUCCUCCUCCUUACCCCACCAUAACCACAGACUGUAACCAACCAAGUGUCUGUGCCCCACCUCUAACACCUUCCACAGACACCGUGAUGUCUCCUGAUGUCUUCUGUCUCUGUCACACGGAUCCAUCCAUCCAUCAAUUAGCAGGCUGCUGAUGAUGAUGAUGAUACUAUACCACCCCUUCUUCCCCCCUUCCUCCCAAACCCCCUUCCCCACCCCCCCACCACCACCACCCUUCUACUGUUUUUGAGGCUGUUAGGUUUUUGGCUUCUCUAACUCCGACUGCCUAUUUUUGUCUGGAUGAAAGAAAUGAAAUUGGAGAAAGGACAGGAUGAUGAACUUUACUUUUUCCCGGUUUAUUUUUUGUUUUGUUUUUAAUAAUAAGAGUUGUUUCGAAACGUAAAGAGCGCUGCUGCAUAUAGUGGGGGGUGACGAGGCAGAGAAAAGAGAUAGACAUCAUCAUUAGCAGAAACCAAGAAGGAUGAUUUGGUCUUUUAAAGAAGUGAACCAGUUGCAGAAGGGUUGAAGCUUGAGACUAGUAUUCCUGAUGUGAUCCCCUUCAUAUUCCCCCUCCCCUUUAGUCAACUAGUCAAAGUGUUUCCAUCUUUAAAAAAAAAUCAGUUUUUGUCUUUUUUCUGCAAUAUCUUCUUGUAUAAUAAAAUAAAAAUCCACAGCAUCUGUUUAAAAUAAAUGUAAAAAGAGAAGAAGUGGUCUGUACUUUCAUCUUGCACGUUGCCACUUCAUAUCAAAGCCGUUUCUCAGGACUGGUAAAUGGCAACUUUGGUCGUACUUAUGAUUUUAAUGUUGCCCUUCCUCUCCUCUUUUCCUGCCCUGUUAUGUUCCCUCCAUCCCUCUCUCCCUGAGGGUUUGUGAUGGGGUGUAUCUCCUCUGGUGUUUGUGCUGGGGGAGUUUGACUGAGCAGUGCUGCUUUAGUAGGAAGCCUCGGCCAUUAGUGAGCCCUCUGGUUUCACCAUAUAUACACAGAACCAGUGUUACUAUAAUUAUUAUUAGAACAACAAACACACUGACCUUUUUUCUUAAGCACAGAUGGAAUGCCCCCCCCCCCCCUAAAAGCCCAUCAUAGUUGGCUUUGUGAAGAGAUUUGAAAUUGUGUGUGUAUAUAUAUAAAAAAAAUUAAAAAACCACAAAAAAAACCGUGAGAUGAGAGAAACAGAACUUCGUUAUUGGUUGGCUACAAACUGAAAAGAUUCAGGUGUUCAUAUUCCUUGUGUAGUUUUUUUGUUUAGGGUUCCUUGAUUCUUUAGAUUCUUGUUGUUUUUGGUUCUGUUUUCUCAUUUUUGUUUUAACUAACGGCACCCGUUGGUUCUGAUAGUGAUGUUAAGGGUUAAGAUAACGAGCUGCGGUACCGACCGGUGGGAUUAGGGUUCAGAAAUGAUGCUAACUUUUCCCCAAAACUCCCAGCUUUUCCACAAAUCCCAGUUGGAGGAUUCCAGACUACCUGCGUAUACUCCUCUGAUUCCGAGGAAUCUUCCAACAGGGAUUUCUGGAAAACCCAGGGAAUUCUGGGAAAGUUACUGGAGUUUUCUCACCCUAGAUGAGUUCAGGGCCCGUUAUCCACAAAGAGUCUCUGAUUAGGAGUGCUGAUCUAGGAUCUGUCCGUACAAGCUUAUUCCUUUAUGAUCUAAAAGGCCAAACUGCUGCUAGACCAGCACUACUAUCCUGAGACUCUUGGUGGAUACGGGCCAUGAUCAACACCCUUGUUCCUCCUUGAUUUGGUAUUUUUCCAGUUGAAGCUCGUCCCUGUAGCAGCAGUGUACCACAACUACUCCUGUAUAUUGCCUUUUUUUGCUGGAAAAUGUAUGUUGAAUAAAAUUUUCUAUAAAAACA